AGUUCCCCAGACCGAUCCAUGGGUCGAGUUCACGUCCAGUCUUAAGCAACUCGCAACGCUCUCCCACGCUGUUGAACAACAUUACCACGAUAGCAUCCGCUCCCAUUUUUAACACUGUUAUAUCUAUUAACGUCUUUUCUCCUUUUGCACUCCCACCGCUCGAGAAGGGUAUCUUGCCGCAUACUUAUCUGCUACCCCUGAUUCGGUUGCUCUCAGUACACUUGUCGCCAUGGCUUCCACUUCCGGAGUUGGGUCGUAUUCGAACCCUUUGAAGAAAUUCAAGUUGGUGUUUUUGGGAGAACAGAGUGUUGGAAAGACAUCCCUGAUUACACGGUUCAUGUACGAUUCGUUCGACAACACAUACCAGGCUACUAUUGGAAUCGACUUUCUGUCAAAGACUAUGUAUCUUGAAGACAGAACCGUUCGACUUCAACUGUGGGAUACCGCCGGUCAAGAGCGGUUCCGAUCACUUAUUCCCUCCUACAUUCGAGACUCUAGCGUUGCCGUUGUCGUUUACGAUAUCUCAAAUGCCAAAUCUUUCCAAAACACUCGGAAAUGGAUUGACGACGUCCGGGGAGAGCGUGGAAACGACGUCAUCAUUGUCCUAGUUGGCAACAAGACCGAUCUGAACGACAAACGGGAAGUUACUUCGGCGCAAGGCGAAGAAGAGGCCAAGAAGAACGGAUUGAUGUUUAUCGAAACCAGUGCCAAGGUUGGCCACAAUGUUAAGCAGCUAUUCAGGAGGAUAGCUCAAGCGCUUCCAGGAAUGGACGGUGAAGCCAACAGAGGAGAGAGCACAAUGAUUGAUGUCAACAUCAACCCUAAGGAGACCACGACCAACGAUGGAUGCGCCUGCUGAGUGCCGUUUUUCGAAUCGCCCAUUAUCUUUACCCCUCGCUUUUCUUCAUUUUUGUUAUGUCCCUGGACCUUAAUAAUGAGAGUUGAGGUCGUCCAUAAUGCUCUAUCAUUCUUAAGAUGUAC